AUGGCGACGCCUGUAGCUGUCGCGGAGCGGGAGCUGCGCGAGUAUCUGCACGUCGCUGUGGCGGCUGCUCGCCAGGCGGGCGAGGUGAUUCGUCGCAGCUUCUAUGCGCCAAAGGACGUGCAGCACAAGGGAAAGUUCGACCUGGUCACAGAAACGGACAAGCAAUGCGAGGCACUCAUCAUGCAGCACAUCUCAGCCGCUUACCCUUCCCACAAGAUCAUAGGCGAGGAGGAGUCAUCAGUGCAUGGCACGGCGGGGCUGUCAGAUGACCCCACGUGGAUGGUGGACCCCCUCGAUGGCACCACCAACUUCAUACACCGGUACCCCUUUGUGUGUGUGUCGAUCGGGCUGGCGAUCAGCAAGGUGGUGGUGGUGGCCGUGGUCUUCAACCCCAUCCUCAAUGAGAUGUUCACUGCAAUGAGGGGACAUGGUGCCAUGCUCAACGACGAGCCCAUCCAUGUCUCCCCACAAGCAGACAUGAAGUCAGCGCUGCUCGCCACUGAGAUCGGCACCAAGAGGGAUGCCGCCACGGUGGAGGGGAUAGCAGCGCGCAUCAGCACGCUGCUCUUCCAGGUGCGCUCGCUGCGCAUGGGGGGGUCGUGUGCGCUCAACCUGGCGGGCGUGGCGUGCGGCCGCCUCGACCUCUUCUACGAGAUCGACUUCGGGGGGCCCUGGGAUGUAGCAGCGGGGUCGCUGAUAGUGGAGGAGGCAGGUGGCCUCUGCUUUGACCCGAGCGGUGGGCCGUUUGAUGUGAUGGCACGCCGAGUGGCGGCUUCGAAUGCUUAUCUGAAAGCACCAUUUGUGGAGGCGUUGGCCUGUGAUACGGUUGCCAAUGGCCAAACAUGA